GACCUUAAAGAGGAGGAGCGCUUCUCUUGAAGAAAGUGGCCAAGCCCUGGAGACUGGGACCAGAGCCGGAGAGCCACAGCAUACCUUACCUCAUCACUAUGUCCCUGCAGGCUGAUUUUGACCAGGCCACACAAGACGUGAGGAAGCUGAAAAGCAGACCUGAAGAUGAAGAGCUCAAAGAACUCUACGGGCUCUACAAACAGUCCAUCAUUGGAGACAUCAACAUUGGUGCGUGUCCAGCAAUGUUAGAUUUGAAGGGCAAGGCCAAGUGGGAAGCAUGGAGCCUCCAGAAAGGGUUGUCGAAGGAAGACGCCAUGAGUGCCUACAUUUCUAAAGCAAGAGAGCUGAUUGAGAAAUAUGGGAUUUAGAAUUUGACAGGGGAGACAGAUCUGCUUUGGAAGCCUUCAUACAGCAUCAUGACGUUUAGGGGGAAAUGCAUUAGUAACUCUAAAAAUCAUGUGUAUUUUUCCUAUUAGCACGAAUUUUAAUACUUAGGACUGUGUCAACAUAGUUACCUAGUUUUACUUGCUUGUGCAAGGUGACUUUUUAAAAUUCCUUUUCAAAAAUUGUUUUGUAGUAUGCAUAUAAACUUGAAUAAAUAUCUGUUCCUUUUUUGCAUUUGUGUCUGUGUGUG